UCAGGUAGUCCUUUGCGAACGUAACUGGUUCAUUUUCAAAACCAUCAAGCACUGAUUUUUCUUCGGCUGAAGAAAGUAAUGUCUUCAGAAGGAGAGAACGUUUCUUCUAUUCGCGAAUUACCCAACACUGAGUAUUACUGCAACGAAGCUUUGGACGAAGCAUUUCUAAUCGUGUACAUUGUUUUAGGCCUAGCAAUUUUCGCGGGAAAUACCUUCUGUUGCAUCGUAUUUUUGGCGAAUCCUAAGCUCCGAGGAUGUUACAUGAACAUAUUUUUGGUGAGUCUCGGAUUGGCUGAUAUUCUUGGUUCCAUUUUGGUAAUUCCAGGCCACUGCGCGUUCUGCACAAACUGCUCCAAGAAUUUCAGUUUGAAACAGAUCGUAGAUGAAGAAACAUGCAGAUUCUUUGACGCCGUAAAGGACUUCGUUUGGUUGACGUCUGUCCUCAGCCUUCUCGGAAUCACUUAUGACAGAUAUUUAGCAGUUAUUCAACCACUUCGUUAUCAGUGCAAAAUGACGCCACGAAAAGUCUCUGCCGUCUUAGGAAUAACUUGGCUACUGCCAAUCCCAUUUUCCUUCAUAAAACCGAUUAUUAACGAUGCGGGAGUGGACUUCCUAAAAAAAGGUUCGCGUAGUGAAUCUAUCUUUGACAUCCUUGUGGUACUAACGCUCGUAAUCCUUCCAAUGACGAUUAUAUUCAUCGUAAACUUUAUGGUGACAAAAGCCAUAAAGAAUCAGCUUCGGAAAGUACAUUUCGAACGACAGGAAAGCAGAGGAGACCAAAAACCAAAAGACAACCGACGAAAGACAAUUUCCUGCUUGAUCGUUGUAGUGGUAUUUUUAAUUUGUUGGUUUCCCCGAUGCUUGUUGAAUUUUAUGUUUUUAUUUAAAAUUCUUCAGGAAAAAGGCUUGCGCCUUCUUGAAAAGAUAUCUUUGGUAUUUAUUUUCCUGCAAUCGUCUGCCAACCCUUUCUUAUACUCCUUUUACAGAAGCGACUUUCGCAGAGGCGCAAAAACUUUAAUGCGACAGGUGAUUCCAUUAGGAUCAAAAAGUUCUGAACAUAUCGAUCAACCUAGAAAGCGCUUCGACACCCAAGAAUCGAGAGUGGGGCCAGAUUUAAACGAACAACCGACUGAAUUAAAACUUCAGGAAUUAUGAACUCUUAUUACCGCUAAGUCUCUUUAAGAUUUGAUCGCAUUGAAAUUCACUAGGCUUAGAGUUUGUGCGUGACAUUUUGAAAUAUUAAUAUCAACAAUUAGCGAAAACGCAGCGUAUUCAAAGGAUAAAAACAUUUCAUUCUCAGAAAACCAUAAAAUUUGAAGUUACAGGAGCAGAGACACUUCUCCCUCUCUGUCAUCUGAACUAGAGUUAUUUGAAUAAUAGAGUUGUAAUUUCCGUUAGAAAACAAAAUACGCUGUUGUCUGAAUGCACGUUUUAACCUUGCGGCUGAAUAAAUAUUGAGGAGAAAAUUGUUUCAAGUUUUUAAUCUCUUAAGAGUUUGUUUUAUGCCAUUAUAUUUCCUGAAACAGCUUGUAAAAGAAGCAGUUGUUCUCUCUUUUUGAGAAUAUCAUAUCCAGCUAUUCACGAAGGCGAUGACUUGCUCCCGAGGGAUACAGAUAUUCUAACGACAAAGUUCGUUCGCCUUCAUAUAUUUAAGUUAUUUACUCAAUUCUCGUCGUGUUGUAACAGCUGCCCUUACUGAAAGACAUCUCAUCUGCGCCUAUUUUAACAAUUAAAUGAAAUGGAAACCGCAGAGCAGACACGUAGUCUUUGCAGUUUGCGUAUAAGGACCACCAAUGCGCGUCAAAUUUGCGCGAUGACACCAUUCACGGCAAAGACCUUGGUGUUUGUUCCUUGAUUGAAGUCAGCCAAGGAGGCAUUUCGUAAGGAAGUCGAAUUGCCAUCAUCUAAAUCGAAAUAGGGUGAAAAGUUACGGUUAGUAACGGGUUUGAAAGUUGCCAACCUCCCACAAGACAAGGAACUUAAAAGCGAGGCAAACAACGUCGGAAGUUUUGCAAAAGUGUCGAAGUUCUUUUGUUGCAGCUGAAGCGGCUUUUUUGUUUUAAAUGGAAUGGUAAAUAACAAAAAUUACCACGGUUGGAC